AUGCAUAUUUGCAAAUCGCUGCUCUCCGCCCUGUUCCUCGGCGCGGGUGUACUUGGUGCACCCACCGAGCUGGUCCGCCGCACCAGCAGAACCAGCGCGCCCUCCGGCUGUUUAACGGUCGGAUCAAGCGGUAAAUACACCACGAUUGGCGCAGCGAUCACUGCCCUCGGCUCCUCCUCAGAGGCAGCUUGUAUUUAUGUUGCGAGUGGCACAUACAAAGAGCAGAUCACCAUCAACUAUGCGGGUGCUUUGACAAUCUAUGGUCAGACUACUGAUACAGGAUCAUACAAGAAUAAUGUCGUUACUAUCACCCAUACCAUAUCUUCACCGGAGGCUGGUAGUUUGGACAAGAGUGCUACUGUGAAUGUGGUUUCUGAUGGAUUCAAGAUGUAUAACAUCAAUGUGGUGAACGGUUACGGAAAGGGGGUUCAAGCUGUUGCACUUGUCGGAAAUGCCGAUAAACUCGGCUUCUACGGAUGUCAAUUCUCGGGAUACCAGGAUACUCUGUACGCCAAGGCAGGAACCCAGUACUAUUCCAACUGCAUGAUUGAGGGAGCCGUUGACUACAUCUUCGGAGAUGCCUCCGCAUGGUUUGGCGAAUGUGAUAUCGUCUCGAACGGUCCCGGCGCCAUUACAGCCAACUCGCGCCAGACAAGUACCGAUUCAGCCUGGUAUGCUAUUGAUCACUGUAACAUCAAGGCUGCAUCUGGAACCAGCAUUGAUGGAGAUGUAUAUCUCGGACGUCCGUGGCGCGUUCUGUCUCGUGUGAUCUACCAAAACUCCAAACUGGGUAGUUUGAUCAAUGCCAAGGGCUGGACCACCAUGGCAGAUGGUGCUACACCGUUCUACUAUGAGUAUAACAACUCUGGGGAUGGCUCAGACACUUCGAAGCGCGAGUAUAUGACUUCCAUCUCGGCUGGGGUGACCAAGAAGACUGUUCUCGGGAGCGAUUAUGGUGACUGGAUUGACUCGAGCUAUUAA